UUUUAAAUAAGAAAACUUUUGCACACUCCCGGAUAAAAAAAAACCCAAAAAGAAAACCAAGUCCCGAAAAUUUCAACUUCCAUCACAGCACCACCAUGAGUGAUUCAAGAACCGAGAAAUUGGCCAGGCUGGCCAACCUGCCUGCCCGCACCCCGCUGCUGACCAUCUGGCUGGCGAUUAACAUGGCCCUGAUCGCCCAGGAAACGGGCCACAAAAACAGGAUCCACACAGUGCAAGCGGCAACUGGCGGCGGCAGUAUGCUGGGGGACGUAAACAUAUCCGCUAUCCUCGACUCCUUUAGUGUUAGUUACGACAAAAGAGUAAGACCCAAUUAUGGUGGACCUCCUGUCGAAGUCGGAGUCACCAUGUAUGUGCUAUCGAUCAGCUCGCUCUCAGAAGUGAAAAUGGACUUCACAUUGGAUUUUUACUUUCGUCAAUUUUGGACCGAUCCUCGUUUAGCGUAUAGAAAACGACCUGGUGUAGAAACACUGUCGGUUGGAUCAGAGUUCAUUAAGAAUAUUUGGGUACCUGACACCUUUUUUGUAAAUGAAAAACAAUCAUAUUUUCACAUUGCAACAACCAGUAAUGAAUUCAUACGUGUGCAUCAUUCUGGAUCGAUAACAAGAAGUAUUAGAUUGACAAUUACCGCAUCGUGUCCGAUGAAUCUACAAUAUUUCCCAAUGGAUCGCCAGCUGUGCCACAUUGAAAUCGAAAGCUUCGGUUACACGAUGCGAGAUAUCCGAUAUUUCUGGAGAGAUGGACUGAGUAGUGUUGGCAUGAGCAGUGAGGUCGAACUACCGCAGUUCCGAGUUUUGGGACACAGGCAGAGGGCGACCGAAAUAAACCUAACCACAGGCAACUAUUCGCGAUUAGCCUGCGAAAUUCAGUUCGUGCGUUCGAUGGGCUACUACCUUAUACAAAUCUAUAUACCCUCUGGACUGAUCGUUAUUAUAUCAUGGGUAUCAUUUUGGCUCAAUCGCAAUGCAACGCCGGCGCGUGUGGCGCUCGGUGUGACAACCGUGUUGACAAUGACCACUUUGAUGUCGUCAACAAACGCAGCGCUGCCAAAGAUUUCGUACGUCAAGUCGAUUGACGUCUAUCUGGGAACAUGCUUCGUUAUGGUCUUUGCCAGUCUACUGGAAUACGCCACCGUCGGCUACAUGGCAAAACGAAUUCAAAUGCGAAAACAAAGAUUUAUGGCGAUCCAAAAGAUAGCCGAGCAGAAAAAGCAACAGCUAGAUGGAGCCAACCAGCAGCAGGCCAAUCCGAAUCCGAACGCUUCCGGUGGAGGCGGCGGAGGCGGUGGCGUUGGCAUGGGCCCUGGUAUGGGACCCGGAAUGGGAGGCGGACCCAAUGUGGGCGUGGGCAUGGGCAUGGGCCCGGAGCAUGGUCACGGGCAUGGACACCACGCCCACAGCCACGGCGGGCAUCCACAUGCGCCAAAGCAAACAGUGAGUAACCGCCCAAUCGGCUUUUCCAAUAUCCAACAAAACGUUGGUACGCGCGGUUGCUCGAUAGUGGGACCCUUGUUCCAGGAGGUGAGAUUCAAGGUCCACGACCCGAAGGCCCAUUCCAAGGGUGGAACGCUGGAGAACACCGUGAACGGUGGCCGAGGCGGACCGCAGUCCCACGGGCCGGGUCCGGCGCAGGGCGGUGGCGGCCCGGGCGGUGGCGGUGGCGGCGGCGGCGGUGGCGGACCGCCAGAGGGCGGCGGUGAUCCGGAGGCAGCGGUGCCAGCCCACCUUCUGCAUCCCGGAAAAGUAAAAAAGGUAAAGGACAUCAACAAGCUCCUGGGCAUCACGCCAUCGGACAUCGACAAGUACUCGCGCAUAGUAUUCCCCGUGUGCUUCGUCUGCUUCAACCUGAUGUACUGGAUCAUCUACCUGCAUGUGAGCGACGUGGUCGCCGAUGAUCUGGUGCUCCUGGGCGAGGAGUAAGGUGGUAGCAACAAGGAGCAAGGAGUAUGGACUCGCAGGAGUGAACAGCGCACCAGAGAGAGUCAAACUGUGCAGGGCGCUGAAAAACCACACACACACACAAAAAAACAUAAAAUAUGGAAACACUGAGAAAAAAACUAAAAAAAAAAAACAUUAAAA